AUGAAGAAGAGCGCGCAGAAAUUCUGCCAUGGAUGGCUGGCUAAGCGACAUCUUCGGAUCAUCGAUAGCUGGGGGUGGAAGAUUCAAGCCCUCGAAGAAGGUCCAUGGAGCAAGAUUUUCGGAUGUGUCAAGAUCCCGAUGCCGAAGGACGACGACUGUCUUCUGCAUUGUGUUGUCCAAGGGCUCCGCCGCAUCUAUCAAUCUGACAAGACGAAGUCGGUCCUGGAAAUGCGCGCGGAACUGGUCGCACACCUUCGCAGGAACAAGUCGCAAUACAUCAAGCAGUGCGGCAAGAAGGCCAAGUCGUUCGCUGAGUACUUGGACGUCAUCACCAACACUGGCAAGUGGCUGGCAGUCUUGGAGAUGGAGGCUUUCGCCAGGAUGUACGGCAUGCGGCCAAUUUGCUUCCCAUUCCCGUUGUCCACGGAGCUUUCUCCCUUUGUUGUGCACAACAAACAGGAAAAGAACGCUAUCGCCUUCAGAUUCACAGGGUCACACUUUGACCUUCUGGUUCCUUCUGACGAGUCCAAGCCCCUUCCCAAGUGUCUGACCGAGAUUGCCGACGGCCCUCCUGCUCUGCCCGUCCGUGCUGGUGGUUCUGAACGGACCAGCCAGAUCUGUGGUUCAGAUAGGGCCUACGGAAUGGACCAGCCAGAUGC